AUGGACUACUACUCUCCAGAUGCCACGAGCUUCACACAGCAACCUGAGCUGUCUAUGCUCGAGAGUUACACUACUCCGUCCUUUUGUACGCCCGAGGAACUCACGAUGGCCUUGAUUCAGUCAAGAGAUAAUUUUCCUACCACAACCAGUAUAGAUUGGCCUUCGGUCACUCCAGAAGUGAUCCCAAGGACUGAGUCCUUCUCAGCCGAUGAUAUGAGGGUAGUAGACUUCGGGUAUGCCAAUGUAUCGGAAGCGACCGCGUCGCCGGUCGAAUACGUGCGGAUUGAGACGCCACCGCAAUCAUGGUCGCCUCAAUCCGCACCAGAGACUCGGUCACAUGGCUAUCCGGCGGUGCGACCUAUGCGGCGGAGUUGCUCCGGACACGAGCGCGUGGCCGACCGCUCGCGGCGGGCUCUGUACGAGUCCAUCGAGCGUGGCCGACACCAGCGGCUGAUGAUAUCGCCGUGGCUGCGCGGGCCGCCAUCGCCGCGCUUUCAGCGGGCAGUCUCGGGCCCGCCCAGCAAGCCGAGCAAGAGCCGGAAGCGCGAGGACAAGAUCCAGUGCGAGCUGUGCCCGGCGCAGCUGUCGGGGGACCACGAGAGCGCGCGGCACUUCAAGCUCAUCCACGCGCCCGAGGGCUGGCGGUGGCAGAUCCUGGACCCGGCGGAGAAGGGACUGACGCCCUACUUCCGCAUCCCCGUGGAGAUCAUGGACUGCAAGAACUGCCAGUCCAAGAAGCUAUAUGGAAUCAACUACAACGCGGCGGCGCACAUCCGGCGCGUGCACUUCAAGAACGCGUCCAAGGCCGGCGCCAAGGGCGGCAGCAGCGGCGGCACCUGGCCCGAGAUCCGCUACCUCGAGUUCCUCUACAUGAAGCUCGUCCACGUCCAGCAAAUCUCGGGCAACACGGACAAGCCCAAGGAGAAUAUCGACUACGUGCGCACCGGCCGCGAGCAGGCCACGGUGCUCCGCGAGCCGCACAGCAAGCGCCACUCGUCCGUGCCGGCGCACGUCCUCCCCGACACCCACGCCGCCGCCGCCGCCAGCUACUACCUCAACUUGAUGGCGCACAGUCCGGAAACGCACGCCUCGCCCCCGUACUACGACGAGUGUCUCCCGUACACAGCUGCCGGCGGCGGCACUUGGCAGCCAUCGCCGCCUUCCUACAUCACCCGUCUGAGCCUCCAACAACAACCCUCUCCCCGCGAUAGCCAUGAAUCUAUAUAG